CGACCAUGGCUGACGUUCUUGCUGAUCUGCAGUCUAAAGGCAUUAUCAAGCGCAUUCUCUAUGGAGGCACUGGUGACGUACCGCUAUUCAGUGAUAAUACAAAAUUAUUCUUCCACUACCGCACAACCAAGUGCGAUGAGGAGAAGACACUUUUGGAUGACAGUAGAAAGCAUGACAAGCCUAUGGAGCUGAUUGUUGGAAAAAAAUUCAAACUUGAAGUUUGGGAAACUUGUCUAGUCACUAUGAGAGAGAAGGAGGUGGCUGAAUUCACAGUGUCCACUGCACAUGCUGCCUCUUACCCUUUAGUGGCUAAGAGUUUACGGGAUAUCUUUGAGAAGAAUGGUGCUCACACGCAGUCCACAAAACACUGUUGUGGUAUGAUGGCUAUGUCUGAGGAAGGAGUAGGGUACCCAGACCUCAAUGAACUCAUGAAGAAGCCACAGCCUCUUAUAUUUACCCUAGAACUACUAAAAAUAGAAAACCCAGGGGAGUACAACAAGGAGUCUUGGGUGAUGACUGAGGAUGAGAAGUUAAAAGCUAUUCCAACCCUUAAAGAAGAAGGCAAUGCCUUCUAUAAACAGAAACAGUAUAGAGAAGCUGCUGAGAAGUAUGGGGAGGCUCUCGGAAUGCUGGAACAGCUGGUGCUCAAGGAGAAGCCAGGCGAUAAGGAGUGGGCUGUAUUAGAAGAUAUGAAGACUCCAUUUUUAUUGAACUUUUCCCAAUGUAAACUCCUCCUUAAUGAUUUUUACCCUGUUAUCGAACACACUAGCACUGUCCUCAGUCGUGACCCAGAUAAUGUUAAGGCUCUGUUUCGGCGAGCAAAAGCACAUGUUGGGGCAUGGGACCCUAAAGAAGCAAAGGUCGACUUCAUGAGGGUGAUGGAGCUUGAUGAGACAUUAACAACUGCAGUACAAAAAGAAUUGAAGUCAUUAGCAGAAAAAGAACACCAAAAGGAUUUGGAGGACAAAGCAAAACUUAAAAACUUGUUUAGUUGAUAGAAUAGUUUCAGUAGAAAAUUUCAUAUAUACAGUUGAUUAUAUACAUUUUUGUAUGUAACCGGAGAGAUCUUUGUAUUUACCAAGAGUACUGUAAAAUACAUGUACGCAAUUAGAAAGCCAAGAUCCCUUGUAGGAAUUACAUUACUACUAUUAGGCAUAACGUUCCUCAAUGUAGAAAUCGUUGAAGUCCAGUGUUUCAAAUAUUUAUGAUUACAGGUGUACACAGAUUUAUAAUUACAGGUGUACACAGAUUUAUAAUUACAGGUGUACACGAAGCAGUGUUUUAAUUCAGAUGUAAAUAUAUUCAUAUUCAUUCACCUUUUCUUUCAAGUCUAUCAUAUUUUUUUAUGCGGCCAUACACUUUGCCCUAAUACGCUAAAUGAUCACAGUGUACUAGUGAUAUUGUUACAGUGGUUGAUGUUUAAUGGUCUGUUGUACUUGGUAUUAAUGGUAUUUUGUGUGAAAUGUGUGUAAGAUUGUGAAAGGAGGGAAGCUAUUAAGCAUAUUUUCUUUAGUUUUGAAUCCAUCACUUGUUGCUAUACAAUAUCUACUGAUGUACGAUUCUAGUAACAGAAGAAUACAUUAACAUGAAUGAUGGAAUCAGCUGGUUUUAUUAAUCUGUAAGCUCGACCAAAAACAAUACACCAGAGAGAUUAUAGUUUGUAUUAUUUUGCAAUGUUUUUAUCAAGCAAUAAGCCCUUGUCUGGUAAUAAGCCAACUCACAUGAAUUAUGUUGCAGUUCAGUGCAAAGUCAACAAGAUCUUUUUCAUAGUUCAUUGUUUACACUGACAGGGCUGAUGUAUUGGCCCCUGACUGAGACAGGGGUGAUGUAUUGGCCCCCUGACUGAGACAGGAGUGAUGUAUUGGCCCCCUGACUAAGACAGGAGUGAUGUAUUGGCCCCCUGACUAAGACAGGAGUGAUGUAUUGGC